GGUCGUUUCGCAAAGUUCUAGGCAAAUGUAGACCUUUUUCCUUUAUGAAACUAUUGUUUAUCCCCUUUCUAAUUUUCUCUGACAUAAUUGAAAUUUCAAAGAGAAGUGGUAAUGGGAAGUUUUUUAUUUUAACCAUUCUACCAAAACGAAACUAGAAAUUGGUAUACUGUAGAAGGAAAAGGCGGAUACAGGUAGUUGAAUUCCUUUCCCUUGUUUGCUACAGAAAGAAAAAAUGGUGAAGAUUUGUUGCAUUGGAGCUGGAUAUGUUGGUGGACCAACUAUGGCAGUCAUAGCCCUAAAGUGUCCUGCAAUUGAAGUGGCUGUUGUUGACAUAUCUAUUGCUCGUAUCGCGGCCUGGAACAGUGAUCAGCUGCCUAUUUAUGAGCCAGGACUUGACGAUGUUGUGAAACAAUGCCGAGGAAAGAACCUUUUCUUCAGCACUGAGGUUGAGAAACAUGUCUCUGAAGCAGACAUCAUUUUUGUUUCUGUUAACACCCCAACGAAAACUCGAGGACUUGGAGCUGGGAAAGCAGCAGAUCUUACAUACUGGGAAAGUGCUGCCCGAAUGAUAGCUGAUGUGUCCAAGAACGACAAGAUUGUCGUUGAGAAGUCAACUGUUCCGGUGAAAACAGCUGAGGCAAUUGAGAAAAUACUCACACAUAACAGCAAAGGAAUCAAGUAUCAAAUUCUCUCAAAUCCUGAAUUUCUUGCUGAGGGGACUGCAAUUCAGGACCUUUUUAAUCCUGAUCGCGUACUAAUUGGAGGACGAGAUACCCCCGAGGGGCAAAAGGCAAUUCAGGCUCUAAAGGAAGUUUACGCUCAUUGGGUGCCUGAAGACAAUAUCAUCUGCACCAAUCUUUGGUCAGCUGAGCUGUCAAAGCUCGCUGCCAACGCCUUCUUGGCUCAGAGGAUCUCGUCUGUUAACGCGAUGUCAGCUCUCUGUGAAGCCACUGGUGCUGAUGUUACACAAGUGUCCCGUGCUGUUGGUAAGGACACAAGAAUAGGACGAAAAUUCCUAAAUGCCAGUGUUGGUUUUGGUGGUUCUUGUUUCCAGAAGGAUAUUCUGAACUUGGUUUAUAUCUGUGAGUGCAAUGGUCUCAAAGAAGUUGCCGACUACUGGAAACAAGUGAUUAAGGUGAACGACUACCAGAAGAGUCGGUUUGUUAACCGAGUUGUUUCCUCUAUGUUCAACACAGUUUCAGGCAAGAAGAUUGCUAUACUUGGAUUUGCUUUCAAGAAAGACACAGGUGACACUAGGGAGACACCAGCAAUUGAUGUGUGCAGAGGCCUAUUGGGAGACAAUGCUCACUUAAGCAUAUAUGAUCCACAGGUCACUGAGGAUCAAAUCCAAAAGGAUUUGUCAACGAAAAAAUUUGAUUGGGAUCAUCCAAUUUGCCUCCAGCCAAUGAGCCCUGGUAUGAUGAAGCAACUCAAUGUAGUUUGGGAUGCUUAUGAGGCCACAAAAGGCGCCCACGGGCUGUGUCUUCUGACCGAGUGGGACGAGUUCAAAACUCUUGAUUUCAAGAAGAUUUAUGAUAACAUGCAAAAACCUGCAUUUCUGUUUGAUGGAAGAAACAUUGCUGAUGUGCAGAAGCUCAGAGAAAUCGGGUUCAUCGUCUACUCCAUUGGGAAACCUUUAGAUGGAUGGUUCAAGGAUAUGCCUGCUGUGGCACAAAAGGAAGUUAAUGUUCCCUUCACCUGGAAUAAGCACUAAACAUGAGAGCAAAAUCCACUUUUUAUUCAAUUCUUUAUCUUUUCUAUUCAGACUUAGAGCUACUGUUUCCUAGUACCAUGGUUAAAAAUGCAUCUCUUUAUAUCUUGUUUUGUCAGUAUAAACUUCAAUAGCUCAUUUAAUGGUAUUAUGAUCACUUUAUAUUAUAAUAAUUAAAUCUGGCUUGUUUUGAUCAGGUUGACCA